UUGUUGUCAAGCCCCACUAUCCUCUAAGUAGAUAUAUCCAGACACUAUUAGAUCCAGUUAAAACAGACUGACUGUGUGAUACUUAAGACCAAUGUCAGCACUAAUUUCUUCCUCACUGCUAAGGUCCUGUGUGUAUGGACUCCAACACAGGAAGACUUGGACAUUAUGCAGCACGAGUUUGCUCCAGUGGUGUCGGUCACUCCAUGUGGACACUCGUCCUCAUAUUCCCUCUCUGACCAGCAGCUAUGUCCAUGGCACCUCCUCCAUCUCUCUGCUCCCCCUGACUGUGAGCCAGUGCCUGGACUCCACAGUCGAGCGCUGGCCUGACCGUGAAGCUGUGGUCUUCCUGCAAGAUGGCAUCCGGAAAACCUUUGCGCAGUUUCAGCAAGAUGUUGACAAGGUGGCUGCAGGUCUGCUUGCUUUGGGAAUGAAUCGGGGUGACAGACUGGGAGUUUGGGGACCCAACACAUAUGAGUGGAUCCUUUUCCAGUUUGCUUCAGCUAAGGCUGGAAUUAUACUGGUGUCAUUGAACCCAGCCUAUCAGGCGAAGGAAGUGCACUUUACUCUAAAGAAGGUUCAGUGUAAAGCUGUGGUCUGCCCUACCCGCUUUAAAACACAAAAUUUCUGUGACAUGCUAAAGGAGAUCUGCCCAGAGAUCGACACAUCACCAGUAGGCAUGAUCAAAAGCUCCAGGUUGCCGGACUUGCGUAUGGUGAUUGUAACAGAUAGCAGACAACCAGGGAUGCUCCACGUAGAGGAUGUGAUGCAAGCAGGGGAGAGUCGGCACCACACAGAGCUCAUGGAUCUGCAGAACAAGCUGUCCUUCGAUGAUGCCAUAAACAUUCAGUUCACAUCAGGGACUACAGGGAGUCCAAAGGGAGCUACUCUUUCCCACCACAAUAUUGUAAAUAAUGCCUACUUUGCGGGUCUCCGAGUGGGUUAUGGAUGGAGACCUCAGGUGCGAAUAUGCGUACCUGUACCCAUGUACCACUGCUUUGGCUCUGUGCUGGGAGGGAUGAAUAUGGCAGUGCACGGUGUCACACUGGUCUUUCCUGCCACUGUCUACAACAGCCAAGCCAACCUAGAGGCCAUUCAGAAUGAAAAGUGCAACGUCGUCUAUGGCACUCCCACAAUGUUCACUGACAUGCUCGGUCAACAAAAUUUACAAAAGUUUGAUUUCUCGUUACUUGAAGCUGGUCUCAUGGGAGGUUCUCCGUGCCCUCCUGAGAUUGUGAGAAAAAUGAUAACAGACAUGAACAUGAAAGAGAUAAUGUUAAUUUAUGGAACCACUGAGAAUAGCCCAAUUACAUUCAUGGGAUUCCCAAAAGACAACGAGGAGCUGAAGCUAAAUACUGUUGGCUGUAUCAUGAACCACACUGAGGCUAAAGUGGUGGACCCUAAUACUGGGGAGAUUGUCCCUCUGGGGACCCCAGGAGAGCUGUUGAUCAGGGGCAGCUGUGUGAUGCACGGAUACUGGGACGAUCCCGAGAAAACCAGUCAGGCUAUCUGCGAAGCCCGCUGGUACCGAACUGGUGACACGGCCAGUCUGAACAGUCUGGGAUACUGCCGCAUUGAAGGGCGCAUGAAGGACAUGAUCAUCCGAGGAGGGGAGAACAUCUACCCAGCUGAGAUAGAGCAAUUUCUCUACACACAUCCCAAAGUACAGGAGGUGCAGGUGGUUGGAGUGAAAGAUGAGAGGCUGGGCGAGCAGGUGUGUGCCUGCAUCAGACUGAAGGAAGGCCAGACCUCCAGCGCAGAGGAGAUAAGAGCAUUCUGCAAAGGCCAGAUUUCUCACUUCAAGAUCCCACACUAUGUGUUCUUUGUAGACAGCUACCCUCUGACAGCCUCUGGAAAGAUAAAGAAGAACGUAUUACAAGAGAGAAUGGAGAAGAAAUUAGGUCUUUAAAUGUGUGGACCCUGAUGGACUGAGUGCACCUGCUGGGAAAGCAGAGCUGAACUUGGACAACAUAACUAGAUCGGCUGCUGGAUUUUCAAUACUUCAAAUUCAUCAAGUUUUACUUGAGAUGCACCACACCGUCAUUCCACUCCUCACUACUUUGCUUUUCUGUUUAUAUAA